UUGUGUCUUGCAGUUCCCCCCCAGAUUGUCAACAUCUCUUCGGACAUCACCGUGAACGAGGGCAGCAGCGUGACCCUCAUGUGCCUGGCCUUUGGGAGACCGGAGCCCACCGUCACGUGGCGGCACCUCUCCGGAAAAGGGCAGGGCUUUGUGAGCGAGGACGAGUACCUGGAGAUCACGGGCAUCACGCGGGAGCAGUCCGGGGAGUACGAGUGCAGCGCCGUCAACGACGUGGCCGUUCCGGACGUGCGGAAGGUCAAAGUCACCGUCAACUAUCCACCGUACAUCUCGAACGCCAAGAACACGGGCGCCUCGGUGGGCCAGAAGGGAAUCCUGCAGUGCGAGGCCUCGGCCGUCCCCGUGGCAGAGUUUCAGUGGUUCAAGGAGGACACCAGGUUAGCGAACGGGCUGGAGGGCGUGCGGAUCGAGAGCAAGGGCCGCCUGUCCACGCUGACCUUCUUCAACGUCUCGGAGAAGGACUACGGCAACUACACGUGCGUGGCCACGAACAAGCUGGGCAACACCAACGCCAGCAUCAUCCUGUAUGGGCCCGGAGCGGUGCACGACGGUGGC